AUGCCGACAGCAGUAAUCACCGGUGCCAACAGUGGCAUUGGCCACGAGUUUGCAAAAGUCCUGAUCAAUGCUGGAUACGAUGUCCAUGCCGUGGAUGUGAACCACGGGGAGAAACUGAAGAGUUUGGGCUGCACGACAUCCCAGCUGGACGUUGCAUCCGAGGACUCGAUCAACAAAUUCAAGGAGCAGUAUGGGGACCGGCCCCUCGACUUGCUGCUGAACGUUGCAGGUGUUGCGGAUCCGGACCACGACUCACUUAGCACCUUGAACAAGGAAUCUCUCUCGCGAACCUUCUCCAUCAACACCUUCGGCCCUCUCCUGCUCACCCAGGCGCUUCUGCCAAACGUCCUCAAGUCUGCGCAGCCGCGCCUAGGGUACGUCAGUAGCCGCGUGGGUAGCAUCGCGGAUAACAGCUCCGGAGGCAGCUACGCCUACCGCUCGUCAAAGACGGCCCUGAACAUGAUCUGCAAGAACCUGUCACUGGAGCUCAAGGCCGAGGGUGUGGUCGUUGUGAUCUUGCAUCCGGGGAUAGUUAGGACUGGUUUAAUCCCGGGCACAGGUGAGGUUCCAAACGCCGUCAAUCCCGAUGAGGCAGCUAGCAAACUUUACGGCAUCCUGGUAAGCAAGGGAAUCGAGGACACGGGCAAGUUCUGGCACAGGGAGGGUGAGGAGCUACCAUGGUAG